CUUCUUAAGACAAUGCUCUUUAGAUACACCACAAUAUAGAUUUGUUGAUAUGCUGUGUUAAUUGGGAAAUUACGAAUAUGAAGGCGAUCACAAGAUUAGCAAAAAGAAACAGAGUGCGUUUAAAACUGCUUUUCCAGGCUGUGGUUGCAAUAUCUAUUUCUUUAUAUCUGAUAGUGUUUAUGCCUCAAAUCCUGACCCAACCCCAGGCUGAAGUUCACACACCAAGACCCCUAGAACUUAUUACCACGCCAGCCCGGAACGUAACAUGUGAACAGAUAGAAGCUAAUGUGUUUCAAGGUGAUAAGUUAAGAUCAGGAACAUUUUCUUUCACGAUAUACCGCUAUGACAAGCUUCGACAGUGUGAUCCAGUGGUUGAACCAAGUGAGAAGAUCAACGACGAGGGAGAGUACGCGUACUUCUCGAACACUGAUAACUACACCCUGGAUGACAUUCCAGUCUGGUUUGAUAAGAAGCAUGACUACUGUUCGGGUUGUUUUGUUGUGUACGGGUUUGGUAUGCAGGUUGUUAGUCUUAAAGAUAUCUCAAUGAAUCCUAAGUUUUGUCGUGGAAAAGUUGGCGGCGAAGAUAUCGAAGAUGUGAUAAACCAGAAAGAAGAAACGGAACAUCUGGUAUUUGUGAGAAGACUGUUGUUAGAAUCCCAGAGAUUAACAACCUCCUCAUCGAAACAGCCCAGAUUUGUCAGAACAGCCUUGCUUGAAAAACGCAGCAUGUCAACUGUGGAAGAAUGUAAAUUAGUGUGGCAGAGAGCAGAUGUCGUGUGCUUUGACGUGGACUCCACGCUACUCAAGGAUGAGGGCCUGGAUGAGCUGGCAGAGUUCUGUGGUGUGGGGGCAGAGGUUAGAGAAUGGACAAACAAGGCAAUGGGAGGGACGAUGCGUUUCCGAACAGCACUGGAAAAGAGGAUGGAAAUCAUCAAGCCAUCACUUGAUCAGAUCACAGAGUUCCGGAAACAUCACAAAAUACUUUUCUCUGAUGGAGUACAGGAACUAGUAGAGGCUCUUCAUGCCCGUGGGACGAAGGUCUACUUGGUGUCUGGGGGAUUCCACAGUCUCAUUGAGCCGGCUACAGAGAGGCUUAACAUUCCUAAAGAAAACAUAUUUGCUAACAGAUUCAAGUUCUAUUAUGAUGGAACAUAUGCAGGGUUUGAUACAGAUCAGCCUACCAGCGACUCCGGUGGAAAAAAGAUAGUAGCAGAGCAGUUGAAGGCAUCGAGCAAGAAUCUUGUUUUCGUCGGAGAUGGGGUAACCGACAUGGAAGCCUACCCUCCCGCUGACUGCUUUAUCGGGUAUGGAGGUAAUGUGAUACGCGAGUCAGUCAGGGAGAAGGCCUCGUGGUACGUGAUGGAUCUCCGUGAGUUGAUCACCGCCCUACAGCCCAGUUGACAACAGAGAACACAACUAUGAAACUCCUUAAAUUUGAUCAUUUGUCAUUAAGGUUCUCAUUUUCCUGAUAAAGACUUGGAUAGGAUCUACGUAGUAUAUCUAAGUGAAGCAAAAAGACAGGGAUUAUUUUAUUUGCUCAAAUAUGAUGUUAUAUUCAUUGUAACAUUGUGACUUCAAGACUUAAUUAUUAUAGAUAUGCAUAAAUUUGUUUGUUGGUUCAAAUAGAAUAUAUAUAGUGCUUUGCUUAUUCUUGCUGAAUACUCUUUAUAAUGGCAUGCAUAUGAGUAUUGCUGUUGUUAACGCAGUCCACCAUUAUCACAUGGACAUUUAUGUAUAUAUCUUAUUUACUUUAAAUGGAACCACUGGCACUGUGAAAAUGUUUAACAUUAGCAAAUGGUAUUUGAUGCAUAUUAGACACACUGACACAGUUUGGGAAGUUUGUAUAAACAGGUAUUGAUUGUAAAAUAGUGAUGAUUUGAGACAGUAUAUAUAUAAUAUAGUUAUAUCAUUAUCGUCCAUUUGCCAUCAGCAAAAUGAAGCCAAUUUUAGUAAUUAACAAACAAGUCCAACUAGUUCAUGUCAUAUAACAUAUUUCUGGAAGGUUUCCCGACAUUUUGCUCAGAAAACCAGGGGAUUUUGCCUUCAACUGGAGGAUUUUCAAUGAUCAUGUCAGUAAUCACUAUGGCGUGGCCAUGCAUGUUCUACUUUUAAAAACAUUAUAUUUAAACUAGCUUUUCUCAUUUCACUGUAUUGAGUAUAUUAUAUAUAUUCUGGCGAUUUUAGUCAAUAUAACCGGCGUGUAUCAUUACGUAAAUAAACAAACUGGAACUCUCAA